AAUGGCCGGUGAUACUCUGAUGGGGCCACCUGAAAUCUCCACCCCCACCUUUUGUUUGUUUUUUUGUCUCACCACCUUCGAGUAUUUCUUGUCUUUCACUCAUACACUCCUUUUACAACUUCCAUCUCCUCUCUCUUCUGCACUACCACCUUGAUUCUCUCUCUUCUUCAAACUUGGAGAUUAUACAAUUCCCCACCCCUCCUCCCCCCAAGGGUUUCUACAAACCCCAUGUGCAGGUUCCUCCAAGGGUUUUGUUAAUUAAAAAUUAGCAAUUCAAAAUCAGUAAUGGGUUCUGGAGAUUGGUUUAAGAAAGUAAUUCGCUUAAAGAAAGCAAAGGGUGACAGAUCAAAGCAAUUAAAGGGGUCUACUGAGUUUUCCAAUGGUGCUUGUAAUGGAAAACCAAGAUUUCUUGGUAUGUCUGUUGAAGACAUAGCAGCUACUCGGAUUCAGACUGCAUUCAGGGCCUAUAAGGCUAGGAAGAAUCUGCGUCAUUUGAAAGGGAAAGUGAGAUUGCAGAUACUGAUCCAAAGCCAUUCUGUAAGCAAACAAGCUUCAUCUACACUGAUCCAUCUCCAUUCAUGGAGCAGGAUACAAUCUGAGAUUAGAGCUCGCAGACUUGCAAUGGUUACUGAAGACCGGAUCAGACAGAAGAAAUUAGAGAGUCAAUUAAAGCUCGAGGCAAAACUUCACGACCUGGAGGUGGAGUGGUGUGGUGGCUCUGAAACAAUGGAGGAAACCCUUGCACGGAUACAUCAGCGGGAAGAAGCAGCAGUUAAACGGGAGAGGACUUUGGCAUAUGCUUUCUCCCAUCAGUGGAGGGCAAACUCCGGUUUGAACCUUGGGCCUCCUGAACUUGGCAAAGCUAACUGGGGUUGGAGUUGGAUGGAAAGGUGGAUUGCAGCUCGACCAUGGGAAAGCCGUGUUCCUGCCCAAAAAAGCCCUGUGAAACCAAUUAGUCGGACUCCAAGCAAGGCUUGUAAAAACACAACUACACCUUCUAUUAAACCACCAGCUUCAUCAGCUAAAAUUAUUUCGCCAAAUGGGAAGGGACCCACAAAGGCCCGGAGAUUGUCUUACCCGGCUGCUGAGAAACUAUCUCCCCAAUCCAACGUUAAAGAGGAACCUGCAAAGGUUGAAACAGGGCAGGAGAUCUCUUAGUGCCAAAUGGACGCAACAUUUGAAAGACAAAUCUUUGAGUUUCAGCUGUUUAUGGAGAGAAGUUGAUGACAAGGCCAUUCUUUGAUUACGCGGGUUUUUUUUAUGUGACUAUUUAUAUGGAGUGGUGUGAAAUUAUUGUGAUUUGCCAUGGAUUACAGAAUAAAAGGAGACUGGGUUGGAGAGUUACUCAACCUGCUCGUCGUUCUUUUUUUUUUUACCACUUCUUGGAUAUGUAUAUGCUUUUUGUGACAGAAUCCAUUCAUAAUGUAAAUAGAGAAGCUCUCUUUCUUCUUUUUUUCA